AUGCACUCUGUGGUUAUUCACAAAUACGACGAUACUCAUACUGCAAUUGAGUUCGGUAAAGAGUCCGACUCGCCUGAAAAUUUCUUGGUUUUCAUUGGUGGUCUUGGUGAUGGAUUUUUGACAGUGCCAUAUGUUCCUCGUUUAGCUGACGGAGUGUCGAAGCAAUUAAGUGGCUCAUGGGUGGUGGUCCAGGCUUUGAUAAGUUCCUCGUACCUUGGGUUCGGAACUGGCAGUUUGAAGAGGGAUACACAGGAACUUGGAAGACUAGUCAAGUACUUGAGAACGAAAAGAGGUACUGAGAACUCUAAGGUGGUGCUCAUGGGUCAUUCCACUGGAUGUCAAGAUACUUUGGAGUACUUGAGCAAGUAUACUAAGAAGGAUUCGUUCGAUGUUCUUCUGGACUUGGAUGGUGGAAUCUUGCAGGCCCCAGUGAGUGAUGCUGAAGCUUUCCGGACUUUUGAAUCAGGUAAGAAACUUGACGAGUUGCUUGAACUUUCAAAGCGCCAUAUUGAAGAAGGAAACCCAUUUGAAAUACUUCCUAAGAGUGCGCUAAAGUUCUCUUUUGGAGCUCCGAUCACAGCGUACCGUUUCGCUUCGCUUGCGAGUGAAAGGGGAGACGACGACUACUUUUCGUCGUACUUGACUAGUGAAGAGUUGCUGAAGUCAUUUGGUGUAGUCACGAAGCCUUUAUUGGUUUUGUUCGGAGAAAAAGAUGAGUUUGUUCCUGAUUUCGUUGAUCGUCAAAAGUUAGUGGAUGGGUGGAAGAAAAGUACUGAUCCUAAUAAGUGGAGUCCCCUCAGUAAGGUUUUGAAGGGUGCAACACAUAACGUGGGUCCUCAAUCUGAUAAGGGAGCUGAAGAAGAUUUAAUUAAUACGGUGAUCAGUUUCAUUAAAGAUGAAUUUUCAAAUUAG